AUGUUUACGCUUCUGAUCCUACUCAGCCAGCUGCCCGCGGCUGCCAUCGCGAUUCCUCUUUGCACCAGAGGUCCCGAGGAGCCUGGACACGCGGGGGAGGAAGUAUUUACAUCCAAACAAGAAGCCAGCUCUUUCAUACACAGACACCUGCUCUAUAACAGGUUUGAUUUGGAGCUCCUCACGCCAGGUGACCUAGAAAGGGAGUGCGUUGAAGAACUCUGCAAUUAUGAAGAAGCCAGAGAGAUUUUUGUGGAUGAAGAUAAAACGCUGGCAUUUUGGCAGGACUAUUCCAUUAAAGGACCAAACGCAAAAUCAGGUGAUAACAGAGAGAAAAUAGACGUUUUGGGCCUUCUGACUGGACUAAUUGCCGCUGGAGUAUUUUUGGUUAUUUUUGGAUUACUUGGUUACUAUCUUUGUAUCACUAAGUGUAACCAGCAAGGACAUCCAGGUUCUUCAGCCACCUACGUAAGAAGAGGAAGGCACACUCCCUCCAUCAUUUUCAGAAGACCUGAGGAGGCUGUCUUGUCUCCAUCACCACCCGCAGUGGAGGACACAGGGUUACCUUCUUAUGAACAGGCCGUGGCACUGACCAGAAAACACAGCAUCUCGCCACCACCACCAUAUCCUGGGCCAGCAAAAGGGUUUAGAGUGUUUAAAAAGUCUCUGUCACUCCCAUCUCACUAA